AUGGCUGAAGCUGAAGUACUGAGCCUGCCUCGUGGAGCUGCAAACCACACGAAGCGGCUGCAGCUGUGGGAGGGUAUGUACUGCCCAAGCCUGCGGGACACAAGCGGGAGGCUCCAGUACAGGCAGCAAAGCUCCUUCCGGUCAACAGGAGAAGAGCUCAACGGCAACCUCUUCUUCAAUCUUUCAUCUGGACAGUGGUGCUUGUUCAAUGGCACUGGGCAUGUAGGUUGCGUCGACAGCGAGGCUGAAGAGCCCACCUUCAGUGAAGACGGGAACAGGCCGAAUCUCUGGGCGGAACUUUGGGACCAAGGAAAAGCGACGCUACAACAAUGGGAGGCUGUUGCAGUCACGGUCUUUGAUGGGCAGUUCGGAGAAACUGUGUUGACCUCAGGGACUUCAAGCAAAGGGCGCCGAGCGAAGCCUCAGCUCGUGAAGUUCCAUGCUGUAAAGCCGACGGUGCCCGUGGAGUGCAAGGAGCCAGUCCCGAACUGGGACUCAGUUGGGAAGACGCUCAAUCCAGAGAACCCCUGCUACUACGUCACAGGCCAGAAGGCUGCAAGCUACAACUAUUACAAACUUGGCUCCAGCAGUGGUAUGCCAUCAUUCAGCCCUCAAGGCUAUGCGAACUGGUGGGGCAGCACAGGGUCAGACAUCUUCAACGGCCAGGGUGGUGCUGGGUUCAGCUACAACAACAUCGCAGGCUGCUGGAAGCGGGAACAGGAAAGAGCCAAAGUUCUGGAGAACCAGGUGGACACCAACAACCAGUGGACCAGUGGUCUUAAAACCACAUCAGACCUCGCGAGCAUUCCCUGUCUUGCCGUUCCAGAUGCAGCCUUGGCACCAUUUGGCGUGGGGCCUGUGGACAAGUUUGCAGGGGUAUGCAAGGGUGCGAUACAGGCCACGACAGACUCAGCCCUGGACAUCUACAAGGCUGCCUUGGACAGCUACAAAAGCAACAAAGCGAAGGAGGGCUUUACAGACUGCAGCGGUGACCAUGCUGCUCUGGCGCGGAUUUGGUGCGACCUGCACUGCGUCAAGGAGGCAGUCGUCAACGGAGACCAGGCGAUUCUGGCAUCCUUGCAGGAGGCAGUCAGCGUCCUUGACACAAACUUCGAGCGUCUCCUGGAUUACUACACCGGCCUUGUCACAGACAAGGUGGAUGGGCAGCACGAGCCUGAGCAAGGCGAGAAAGUUGAAAAAGCUCGGAGCGGUCAGGACGUGAAGUCUGCCAUCAUGUCCAAACUACUCGGAGUGCAACGCCUCACUGAAACGGUCCCGCUCACUCAAGCUGGCCUGGCGGCCUCGGAGCGUCUGCUUGAGCGAUUCCUACGCGAUCUCCGCAACCGCUCCAAUGCCCAGGAGGUGGAUGCAGGUGGCUACGUUUGGAUGCUAGGAAGAUGUCACAUGCUGGUUCCUGUUCCUGUGGUUGAUGUGAUUCUGGUCACCCGGAGCACCACCCUCAGUGCCAGUGCAGCUGUGGCAGCCAACGUCGGCAGGGCUGCAGCCGGGAUGCAGGAGCUGGCGCGCAGCAGGACUUUGGAUGAGUCGUAG